CCCCUCCCAGGUGCCUGUGGUGGAGCAGUCUGCUCCCAGGGCACCUCUGAUGGACUCUGGGCGGCACACCAUGGGGGCUCUGAGGCCCUGGGCCCGAUACGGGCUACUGGUUGUGGCCCACCUGCUAGCCCUGGGGCUUGGGGCUGCAGUGCUCCAGGCCCUGGAGGGGCCUCCAGCACUCCAGCUCCAGGCCAACCUCAGGGCCGAGCUGGCCACUUUCCAGGCGGAGUACAGGGCCUGCCUGCCACCCAGGGCACUGGAAGAGCUGCUGGGCACCGCCCUGGCAGCCCAGGCCCACGGGGUUUCCAGCCUAGGCAAUGGCUCCCAGGCCAGGAACUGGGAUCUGCCCUCAGCCCUACUCUUCACUGCCAGCCUCCUCACCACCACAGGUUAUGGCCACAUGGCCCCACUAUCGGCAGGUGGAAAGGCCUUCUGUGUGGUCUACACGGCCCUGGGGCUGCCAGCCUCCUUAGCACUUGUGGCUGCACUGCGCCACUGCCUGCUGCCUCUGCUCAGCCGCCCGGGUGCCUGGGUAGCCAUCCAUUGGCAGCUGACGCCGGCCAGGGCUGCGCUACUGCAGGCAUCUGGGCUGGGCCUGCUAGUGGCUGGUAUCUUCGUGCUGCUGCCAGCACUGGUGCUGUGGGGUCUGCAGGGCGACUGCAGCCUGCUGGAGGCCAUCUACUUCUGCUUCAGCUCACUCAGCACCAUCGGCCUGGGGGACCUGCUGCCUGGCCAUGACCAUGGCCUGCAUCCAGUGUUUUACUACCUUGGCCAGUUCGCACUUCUGGGGUACUUGCUCCUGGGGCUCCUGGCCAUGCUGCUGACCGUGGAGACGUUCUUGGAGCUGCCCCAGGUCCGUGCCAUGGUGAAGUUCUUCAGGUCCAGGGGCCCUCUGAACGCUGAGGACGAAGGUGGCAUCCUAGGCCAGGAUGAACUGGCUCUGAGCACCCUGCCACCCUCAGCAGCAGCCCCAGAACGGGCCCCAGCUUGCUGACAGAUGUCAGGGAUGGAGUUGAGCUCCUUUCAGGUGGAGAAGCCUGAGGAGGAAGCCAUCGGGAGUGGCUGGGGAAGCCUCUGGGGGUGGGAGGGGAAGGGAUGGAUGUGAGGACCUCAGGGAAUGUGUUAAUAAAAAAUAAAACGGGCAACACCGCC